GGGACAACAAGAGCAAAACUCUAUCUCAAAAAAAUAAAAAAAGUGACAGAAGUAAUGGAAUUUAUCUGGAAAAAAGAUGUUUAUUCUGAUGCCCUAAAUUCAGGGGUGAAAUAUUACCUGGACUAGAGGAAAAUUUUGUGUACAUUAUAUGGUGUCAUCUGUUUUGACAAGCUCACUUUGAUAUUACUGCUGCAGGGUAGCCCAAGAGGGUUGAAUUGAAAAUAACUGAGUAUUUUGAGGAACAAAACCUAGGAUAGUAGGCUGGAGGGAGCUGGAUGUCAGGGUUUUAGCCACGUAUACAGAAAUAAGUAACAUAUUUAAUACAAGAAAGAGGAGACUCUAUAUAGUAUGCUUUACUUCAGAGGUGGAUGAGGAAGAAGAGAGGACACAUCUCCUUGGAAAAGGGGCAUGGUGUUGAGAAUGGAGAAAAGAGGGAAGGCAGAUUACUCAGAAGAACUGGGGUAGAGGAAUAGGUUGGAUGAUAAAAAGGGCUGACACUAGGCCCUGAAAGGAUUUUUUAAAUAACUUCUAACUUUUGCCCUCACCUUUGCCAGCAGUGGUGUGAUCUGCUUUCAGCUGUGGAGAAGCAAACUGAAUAAAGGACAUUGUGCAUGUUAGGUCUUUUAUCAAAAACCAAUUUAUCAAAAAACAAUGCCAUUUAUUUGCCUGUUGGUACAUGUUUGUAAUAUUUGGAAAUACUCUCACUGCAAAGAAAAGUAUAGUUGUGCUGUAAUGGGCAGGGUGAGGAAAAUAAGGGUCAUCACCAGCAAAGUCAGAGUGGUGAAAAGACUGGAUUUUAAACACUCAGCUUGACUUUGUAUAGAUAAGUAAGUCAAGCAGAGUGUUCCCUGCAUGCAGUUAAAAUACAAGCUUGGAGCACAGGUAAAAGGCCAAGUGCAAAGUAUGUUGGGAAGUGUAGUGCCCUAUAAACUAAUAAAGAGUGGCAUUCUGUCUCAUAUCCUGAAACAUUUUGAAAACACUAUUGAAUUUGACCAGAAGGGCAUUGCUAGUGAAUUUCAAAGAGAGAUUUCAGUCGAUUUCUGAAUUGAAGGAAGAUGUAUGAUGGAAGAAUGGAAAAGGCCAAUAACAAGGGUUGAAAAAGGAAAGAGUUUUCAAGCAUAUGCAUAAAAAGAGUAUGGGUAGGUUGUAUAGAUGAUGACACACUAAGCCCGGGAAGACAAGGUUUCUGAUGCUAAUUUUUAUUUCUUUAACAAGGGUGAUAGAAAUGUUUGUUCCAUAUAUUAGUACUAUGCACAGCUGUCUAUCUCUCAGCUUUUCUAGCAAGACAUAUGGGCUUGUGAAUUAACCCUGGGUAUCCCUGGCAUUAGGUAGAAGUAAUAGUACUUCCAUGUGUGGCCUCGAGACAUACUGAAAUGAGGCAACCAAGGAAAUCCUUUAUAUUGGGACCAAGAGCCAAGAUCUCAGCUUGGGAUGUUAACCUGAGAGCUGUUAACCUGAUACUAUAAUUCUGUGGAUAAUAAUCCGAAGGGUCCUGUUGUCUCUUUUUCCUCAUGUCACUUCCUUUGAUGUACCAAAUGUCACAUACUAACAUCUGCAAACUUUGAAAAUUCUGAUUUAUUCUGCAAUGUUUGGAAAUUUCACUGCUAGUAAUUGUAUUUCCUGGCGUGGGUCUGAUAUAAUUUUCUGUGUACAUAGUAGCUUUUCGUUUUAGUGCUGAAUCAUACUGAAAUCCUUGUUCAACCUAAGUUAAAGUCUAGUUGCAAGGGAGCUACCAAGGCAAAUAAUUAAAGUAAUGGUGAAACGAAUACAAGUCAAACACCCUAAUCCGAAAUUCUGCCACAAAUGGAAAAUUCUACACGUAAGUACUUUAACACAAACUUUGUUUCAUGCUCAAAAUUAUUUAAAAUAUUAAAUUACCUUCAGGCUAUAUAUGUAAAGCAUAUAUGAAACAUGAGUGAAUUUUAUAUUUAGACUUGGUCCCAUUCCCAAGAUGUCUCAAUGCAGAUAUUCCAAAAUCUGAAAAAAAAUCCCAAAUCCAAAACACUUUUGGUCCUGAGCAUUUUCCAUGAGGGAUAUGCAACUUGUAAUACCUUCUUUGUAUAGCCAAGUUUGCACAUACAUAGGUUAUGGCAACUCAUCAUGUCUUAACCUUUCAGUAUUUUUACUUUGAUUGUAAAUUGUAUCCAGAUUUUAGAAAUGUAAAGCUUAGAGAAGUGUGCAUCUCAAAACUAAGAAAACUGUGCCUACUAUUAGAGAUUGGGGCAUGGAAACAAAGUUGGACAGUGUAGUAGAAAGGUAUGUAACAGGGGAUUUGGUUCUUAUUUUUGUUAUCAAGUGGAGGAGUCAACUGUAGAAGUCUAAACCAAAUCAGGUCCACCUGGGAGUCUAAAGUUUAGGGUUACUUAGCAUGUGGAUAGCGAUACAGCAAAUAGUUGCAUAGAUUUUACUUGUGGGGUGGUGAUGAUAAUAUCGUGGGAAUUCACAUCCACCUUGUAAUCUGGAUAGAAUAUUGGUAUAAAUCAUUUUGGUUUUCUUUCUUUUUUUUUUUUUUUAAUCAUUUUAGUUUUCUUAAGUUUUGGUUUCUUCAUUAAUAAAAUGACAGAACUGAAUUACCUAGAUGAUAUUCAAAGUUUCAUGUGGUUCUGUUAGUCUGGGAUUCUACAGCGGAAUUUUGUCACUACUUUUGGGAAGAAGUUUACCUUUGGUGGCCUACAAAUAAAAAUCACAUUGGAACAAUGCCAUUUAUCAUAUGGGAUGAUUCUGUGUGUUUAUAUAAUCAUUAAUGUUAGUUUCCAAAUGUGUUAAUGUACAGUAUCUCAUUUGAUUAGCUCAGUCAUGUGAUGAAAUAGGUCAGAAAGGUAUUAUGUUCGUUUUCCUGAUGAAAUGAAACAUGGUGGUUAGCCUCUUGAACAAUUUAAAUUUGAUCAUCUUACUUGGUAUGCUAGCCUGUAAGGAUGAAAUCCUGCCAUUGAGAAAGAAAACCCAGUCAGGAAAGCUUUCUCACCUUCAUCUAUCUAGCAAAUUAUACAUAUUCUCCAAGUUCUGACUUGAAUGCUGCCGAAGCUUUUCUUGAUAAUCUCUUCUACCUCAGCAGAGUAGAAACACUUUGAUCAUUCUCCUUAGGACUCAGGAUUUUAAUUAUCUGUUUAAUGCCUUUCUCUUCCACCCUAGUGAACUACUCAAGUGCAAAUACCUUGUCUUAUUUAUCCCUAAACCUCAUAGCCCAGACUGUACCUGGCAUAUAGAGAUGCUUAGUAAAUAAUUGCAGAAUCAAAUGAAAGAGUUAAAGUGAUGGGCUGGAGUUGUGGAUUAAGGAGAACUUGGGCUUUGGGCUAAUGGGAAGGAGAUGUCAUUGUAUCCCUUUUUUAGAUUGAAAUUUUGCCCUGUAUGUGCAUUUAAAAAUUAAAAACCUAGUUGAAUAAAAGGGGUGGGUAACCAGGGGCCAAAUCUCUCUAUUAAUAAAAUAAAUUUGAAAUUGUUAAGAAAAUGUCAAUUAAAACCCAUAUGUUCAUGGAAAAGUUUAAAUUCCCGUUUUAGUUUUUCCCUAAACGAUUUUGCCGUAUCAUGUAACAGCAGUCUGUAGUCAAACAAGACUGAUUUCAAGUGGAGAAAUAGAAUUUUUUAAUUCCCUGGAGGGAGAAAUCUUUGCCCAGUUAAGCUUUGUGUUAUCUAGAUGUUUUUAUUUGUCUAGUGACCUCUUCUUCUUACUGAAAAAGUAGUUAAGAGAAACCCUUUAGCACUGACUUUUUCAAGUUUACUGUAAUGUAAUGACCCCCUUGAAAGAAGUACAGAAUGUAUUUUUGAUAUGUAUUUUUCAUAAUGUUACUUAAAUUCUGUAGACGUGAAACUAGAUAUAAAACCCUUAUGUUCUUGGCUCAUGCACCACUAUAAACCAAAUCUGCAAAUUAAAUACAAAGGCAACUAUCAAAAAAACAAAAUUCAAAUGAAUACAGUUAUUCAGUGUGACAGAUGAUGUUUAGGUUUCACAGUAGAAAAAAGUAACUUUAGGUCUAAUUCCAUUUUAAAUCUGUUUCUGUAUUUUAACUUCAGUGAUAAUAAAAGCUGUGAGCAGUGCCUCUUCUCAUCAGUUAUAUUAUGCAGGAGAGUAUUAAUGACUUCAAAGCUUUAUGGGUAUGUUCAGAAUGAGACAUCGUACCUAAUCAAAACACUUGCCAGCAAGCAUUCCUCAAAUAUAGGCUUAUAAGUUUUACAGAAAUGUCAGCUGUUUUAUUUAUUGGAAGAUAUAGUUAAUAUUAUGACAUUAUUGAAAUCUUCAUUAAAUGAUUUUCUAAACCAGUUAUUGCUGGAAAUGAGAAUGGAAAAACAUCAUUGCAUUCCUACAAUUACAUUUACUGCUAACAAAUAUUUGCAGAUUUUACUACACACAUAGGACCCAUAUAACACUUGCAUAUAAUAAAGUGCACAUAUGAUAUUGGCUGUUAGGCUAUUGGCUUUUCAAUAUGCAUGCCAUGCCUGUAUUGCCAUAUGCUCUGAUGAUUUGAGUUCCUUUUAUUUUUUACUCUUUCUUUUAGAAUGACCAUGAAACUUACGCUGUGUGUAGUGUGCCACAAGGACAUUUGGCUGAAGGAGAUCUUCACACAGCUGAAGAAGCAGCAGUGAAAGCCUAGUGCCAGUGUUUAGAUAGUGGCUACUCAUGAUCUUUAAUGUUUAUCCUUAUUUUUGUAUUAUCUUUGAAAUGAAAAUAUUUGUUUAAAACUUGUAUACAACGUAUACAUCCUUUUAUCUCCCAAUAUAUUUCAGAAACAUUGUUUUAGCAAAUAUUUUUCUGAUCACUAUCUAAGGAACCAGCAGAGAUGUGAAAAACAAAACAAGCUUGGCCCUUCCUAAGGCAAUGAAAGACAGUUUAACAGCAAACUGUAAAUCGAUUGAUUUUCACUGUCCUAAAGGUAUGCAAAGGAACAUAUUGAAAGGAGCUACCAAUUAUUGUGAAGGUAAGGGUGAGGUUUAGAGCACAUCAUGGAAAAGAUCCUAUUGGAAUAGGGUCUUAAAGGAUGAGUCAGAUAAGAAGAUAAGUUUAAACGAGACAGAGAGGUGGUAUAUGUAAAGACCAAGGUCAUGAAAGACAUGAUUAUGAUAAUGGUGAGAGGUGUGUGGCCCUAGAUAGCAUUUGUCAUGUGAGAAGUAAAUUGGAACCCCAAACUACAAGUCUUGUUAGGCCAGGUGUUUAGCCCUUAUAUCAUAAACAUAGGGGAGCCCUGGUGAUCUGAGAACUGGGAGAGUAUUCAUGGCAGUAUUUUUUAUGUAUAGUGGUUGCCACAUUGUAUUACAGUGUUCUGCUUCACUUGUUGUUGAAGCUCUUCAAGGGCCGUGACCAUUAGUUAAUUAAUCUUUGUAUACUAAGCUUUUGGUAGAGGAACUGAUAAAAGUAAUGCUUAGAAAACGUGGGUUGAAUGACUAAUCAUGAGUAAAGAGGAUUUAGGAGAGAAUUAUGACAGCCUCCUAUGAUGAUAGUUUAAUGCUUUGUGGGUCACAGACUCCUUUGUGAGUUAUUUUGAAAGCUUUUCCGUGAAAAUGCGAAUACAUAUAACAUUAGGCUUAUAGUUUUAUGGAAUUCAUGUACCUUUGAAGCCAGUCCAUGAAUUCCUGGUUCAGAAUUCCUCCUUAGGAAAUUAUACCCAGAUAGCCAUCACCAUCACACAUUGUCAUGAAUAAUUACUAUCUCUUUUAGCAGUUUUAAAAUAUAUUAUGAUUGUGUCUCGUAAUUUUCUUCGGUUUCUUUCAUACUUAAGAAGCAAAUAUCUGACCUGUUUAUGAAUAAAGCAUUUUUAAUAAUGAUUAAGGUAAAACUUUACUGGUCUGUAAAGAUAAUAGACAAGUGUGUGAAUUAAGCAACAACCAAGAAACAACUACUUGAGGAGAACCUGACAUUCCUGAAUUUGAGUUUAGCACAUGACAUUACAGUGUUUCUGCCACCUCUGUACAAAAGACAAUUUUACUUGUGUGACAGAUGGGCUCUGCUUUGUCUCUGUCACAGAGACCACAGACAAAGUUAUACACAACACCAUGUGUAUAGCUGAAACUGACUUAAUUCCUCGAGAUAGGCCAUUUGUAUGUGCACCCUCUUCAAAAACUGGGUCUGUGACUACAACAUAUUGCUGCAAUCAGGACCACUGCAAUAAAAUAGAACUUCCAACUACUGGCCCUUUUUCAGUGAAGCCAUCACCUGGUCUUGGUCCCGUGGAACUGGCAGCUGUCAUUGCUGGACCGGUGUGCUUCGUCUGUGUCUCACUCAUGUUGAUGGUCUAUAUCUGCCACAACCGCACAGUCAUUCACCAUCGAGUGCCUAAUGAAGAGGAUCCUUCAUUAGAUCGCCCUUUUAUUUCAGAGGGUACUACAUUGAAAGACUUAAUUUAUGAUAUGACAACGUCAGGUUCUGGCUCAGGUUUACCAUUGCUUGUUCAGAGAACAAUUGCGAGAACUAUUGUGUUACAAGAAAGCAUUGGCAAAGGUCGAUUUGGAGAAGUUUGGAGAGGAAAGUGGAGGGGAGAAGAAGUUGCUGUUAAGAUAUUCUCCUCUAGAGAAGAACGUUCAUGGUUCCGUGAGGCAGAGAUUUAUCAAACUGUAAUGUUACGUCAUGAAAACAUCUUGGGAUUUAUAGCAGCAGACAAUAAAGACAAUGGUACUUGGACUCAGCUCUGGUUGGUGUCAGAUUAUCAUGAGCAUGGAUCCCUUUUUGAUUACUUAAACAGAUACACAGUUACUGUGGAAGGAAUGAUAAAACUUGCUCUGUCCACAGCGAGCGGUCUUGCCCAUCUUCACAUGGAGAUUGUUGGUACCCAAGGAAAGCCAGCCAUUGCUCACAGAGACUUGAAAUCAAAGAAUAUCUUGGUAAAGAAGAAUGGAACUUGCUGUAUUGCAGACUUAGGACUGGCAGUAAGACAUGAUUCAGCUACAGAUACAAUUGAUAUUGCUCCAAACCACAGAGUGGGAACAAAAAGGUACAUGGCCCCUGAAGUUCUCGAUGAUUCCAUAAAUAUGAAACAUUUUGAAUCCUUCAAACGUGCUGACAUCUAUGCAAUGGGCUUAGUAUUCUGGGAAAUUGCUCGACGAUGUUCCAUUGGUGGUAUUCAUGAAGAUUACCAGCUGCCUUAUUAUGAUCUUGUACCUUCUGACCCAUCAGUUGAAGAAAUGAGAAAAGUCGUUUGUGAACAGAAGUUAAGGCCAAAUAUCCCAAACAGAUGGCAGAGCUGUGAAGCCUUGAGAGUAAUGGCUAAAAUUAUGAGAGAAUGUUGGUAUGCCAAUGGAGCAGCUAGGCUUACUGCGUUGAGGAUUAAGAAAACAUUAUCGCAACUCAGUCAACAGGAAGGCAUCAAAAUGUAAUUCUGCAGCUUUGCCUGAACUCGACUUUUUUCUUCAGAUCUGCUCCUGGGUUUUAAUAUGGGAGGUCAAUUGUUCUACCUCACUGAGAGGGAACAGAAGGAUGUUGCUUCCUUUUGCAGCAGUGUCAUAAAGUCAAUUAAAAACUUCCCAGGAUUUCUUUGGACCCAGGAAACAGCCAUGUGGGUCCUUUCUGUGCACUAUGAACGCUCUUUGCCAGGACAGUUACAAAAUGUUGUGUAGUCUACCUUUAUUUUUUAUUAACAAAACUUGUUUUUUAAAAAGAUGAUUGCUGGUCUUAACUUUAGGUAACUCUGCUGUGCUGAAGAUCAUCUUUAAGGGCAAAGGAGUUGGAUUACUGAGUUAUAAUAAAACAUUUCUUAUUAUUAAAGAAAGUGAUUUACUCCUGGUUAGUACAUUCUCAGAGGAUUCUGAACCACUAGAGUUUCCUUGAUUCAGACUUUGAAUGUACUGUCCUAUAGUUUUUCAGGAUCUUAAAACUAACACUUAUAAAACUCUUAUCUUGAGUCUAAAAAUGACCUCAUAUAGUAGUGAGGAACAUAAUUUAUGCAAUUGUAUUUUGUAUACUAUUAUUGUUCUUUCACUUAUUCAGAACAUUACAUGCCUUCAAAAUGGGAUUGUACUAUACCAGUAAGUGCCACUUCUGUGUCUUUCUAAUGGAAAUGAGUAGGAUUGCUGAAAGUCUCUAUGUUAAAACCUAUAGUGUUUGAAUUCAAAAAGCUUAUUUAUGUGGGUAACCCAAACUUUUUCUAUUUUGUUUUUUUGGAAAGGUUUUUGUGGUAUGUCAUUUGGUAUUCUAUUUUGAAAAUGCCUUUCUCCUACCAAAAUGUGCUUAAGCCACUAAAUAAAUGAAGUGGCAUUAAUUAGUAAAUUGUUAGCAUGAUCAUGUUUGAAUAUUCUCACAUCAAGCUUUUGCAUUUUAAUUGUGUUGUCUACGUAUAAUUUUAAAAUAACAAGUGGCACUCUAGAUGCUUAUAGUACUUUAAUAUUUGUAUCAUACAGACUAAUUUUUCUAAAAGGGAAAGUUUGUCUAGCUGUUUGUGAAAAGUUAUGUGGUAUUCUGUAAGCCAUUUUUUUUCUUUCUGUGUUCAAAGACAGUGUUAUUUUUUUAAAAAAGGAAUUACAUUUAAAAUUAGAAUAUGGUUAAUGUUAAAUAAUAGGCCUUUUUCCAGGAAGGCAAAAGUAGUUAGUAAUUUGAAUAGAUAACUGAUGUGCAAAAGUCACAUUGGUUAUGUAGGAAUGUUUGGUGGAUCCUCUGUCUUUGUAACUGAGGUUAGAGCUAGUGUGAUUUUGAGGUCUCACUACACUUUGAGGAAGGCAGCUUUUAAUUCAGUGUUUCCUUAUGUGUGCGUACACUGCAACUGCUUACUUUACAUGUAAUUUAUGUAAUGCAUUCAGUGCACCCUUGAUAUCUGGAAGAGGUGGUAGCUAAAGAACAUUCUGAGUAUAGGGUCUUCUCCAUUUAUACAGAUGUUUUUGUCAAGUUAAAUAUUGAAAGAAAACUUGUCAUGGUCUUCUCACAUUAAGUUGAAACUAGCUUGUAAUAACUGGUUUUUACUUCCAAUGCUAUAAAGUCUCUGCAGGGCUUUUGCAGUUUUCAAAGUCCUUUUAUCACUGUGAUCUUGUUCCAAGGGGAGGAAAAACUAUCCUAGCUGUGAGCCAAGACUUUGACUUUAUAGUGCUGUCAGUUCCCCAAUACAGGGUCCGAAUAACCAAUACAGUAUUUUAGUCAGGAAGAGAAAGUGGCCAUUUACACUGAAUGAGUUGCAUUCUGAUAAUGUCUUAUCUCUUAUACGUAGAAUAAAUUUGAAAGACUAUUUGGUCUUAAAACCAAAGUAAUUUUAGAAUGAGUGACAUACUACAUAGGAAUUUAGUGUCAAUUUUAUGUGUUUAAAAACAUCAUGGGGAAAACGUGCUUAGAGAUUAUUAUUUUGACUACAAAAAGUUGAUUUUUUCUGUAGUUACCAUAAUUUCAUUGAAGCAAAUGAAUGAGUUUGAGAGGUUUGUUUUUAUAGUUGUGUUAUAUUACUUGUUUAAUAAUCUCUAAUUUUGUGAUCAGGUACUUUUUUUUUGGGUUUUUUGGGCCAUUUCUAAGCCUACCAGAUCUGCUUUAUGAAAUCCAGGGGACCAAUGCAUUUUAUCACUAAAACUAUUUUUAUAUAAUUUUAAGAACAUACCAAAAUUUGUCUGAUUUAAAGUUGUAAUACAUGAUUUCUCACUUUCAUGUAAGGUAAUCCACUUUUGCCGAAGAUAUUUUUUAUUGAAUCAAAGAUUGAGUUACAGUUAUACUUUUGUUACCCAAGUGGAUAAAAUGUACUUUCAAUGAAUCAGGGAAUUUUUUUAAAGUUGGAGUUUAGUUCUGAAUUGACUUUACAUAUUACUGCAGUUAAUUCCUUUUUUGGCUAGGGAUGGUUUGAUAAACCACAAUUGACUAAUAUUGAAAAUGAAAGUAACUUAAAAGAUGGGAUGGAUCAUGAUUACUGUCAAUAACUGCAGAUAAAUUUGAUUAGAGUAAUUAAUUUUGUCAUUUAAAAACACAGUUGUUUAUACUGCCCAUCCUAGGAUGCUCUCCUUCCAGGGUUCAACUUGGCUAAAACACCCUCAGUAAAUUGUGUGUCUAUAUUCAUUUUGCCAAUAGCCAGGAGUAGUGGGGAUGGGGGAAAUACGACUUAGUGGGCAUAGACAUCCCUGCUCCAUCCUUUCUGGCUCCAGCUGUUUCUUGCAACCUGCUUUCCUCCUUGCUGGUCCCUGACACAGAGACCGUUGCCUCCCCCACAGCCUUUUGACUGAAGAGCUGCUUUGGAGAUCUAGAGUACAAUGGCUGAUGAAAGUUGUGGGACAUAUUUCCUCUUUUUUUUCGUCAUUAGAAGUGGCAGGGAGGGGUCUCCACAUUUGGAGAUUGAGCAGAUGAGGCUUGGGAUGCCCCUGCUGGUUGCCCUCCUUUGAUGUUAGCCAUGGAUGAGGAAUGGGAUAGCAGCAAGGUGGCUGCUGUGGCAGUGGGAGUUGUGCCAGAAACAGUGGCCAGUUGUAUCCCCCAUAAGACAGGGUAAGGUCCGAAGAGCUGAGCCUGUAAUUCUGCUGUAAUAAUGAUAGUGCUCAAGAAGUGCCUUGAGUUGGUGUACAGUGCCAUGGCCAUCAAGAAUCCCAGAUUUCAGUUCUUAUUACAAAAUCUAAGUGGUCACUUCACGAUUUUGUAGUCCAUCCAUGGGUUACCUCUUUUCUGUAUGUCUGAGAACUGUCAGAUAGAGGCUGUUUCAUAAAACAAGAUGACAAAGAGAUAAUUGCACGACAAAAUCAGUAUGCCAUUAGUCACAUCAUCAAAAGCUUAUUUUUAUUCUUGCACUGGAAGAAUCAUAAGUCAACUGUUUCUUUUGUUUCUUAACCAUGGCAGUGUUCUGGCUCCAAAUCGUGGUGAUUCCAAAUAAUGGUUCUGUUACAGUUAGGCAGAAAAUGCCAACUCAGAUAUUUUGAGAUACUAAGGAUUAUCUCUGGACAUGUACUGCACCUUCUUGUCUCUGUUUUGGAUUACUGGAAUACCAAUGGGCCCUCUCCCUAAGAAUGCUGGACUUCUAGGAUAUUGUGAGGAUUGUCAGUACAUUAAACUUUUCAAUCCCAUUAUGCAAUCUUGUUUGUAAAUGUAAACUUUUAAAAAUACAGUUAAUAACAUUCAACCUGUUUCUUACAACUUAAAAGGAACUUCAGUGAAUUUGUUUUUAUUUUUUAACAAGAUUUGUGAAUUGAAUAUCAUGAACCGUGUUUUGAUAUCCCUCUUUCACGUUGUGCCAACGGAAUGGGGUGUUUGAUAUUUCUGUAUAUGUCAAGGAGAUGCUUCAAAAUAUCAAUUGCUUUAAACUUAAAUUACCUCUCAAGAGACCAAGGUACAUUUACCUCAUUGUGUAUAUAAUGUUUAGUAUUUGUCAGAGCAUUCUCCAGGUUUGCCGUUUUAUUUCUAUGAAGUAUGGGUGUUAUGUUGCUCAUUUACUCUAAUGGUACUGUAUUGUUUGUGUUUGUACCCCAGAUAACAUCAUCUGUACUUUGUUUUCUGUAUUGUAUUUGUGCAGAAUACUUUUGGCUUUAUCAGUGUAAUCUCUGCCCUUUAAGAUAUGUACAGAAAAUGUCCAUACAAAUUUCCAUUUAAGUUGAAACUGAGAAGCGUGUAAAGAGAAAAAAAAACAUAAGCUGUGUUUCCCCAUAAGUUUUUUAAGUUGUAUAUUGUAUUUGUAGUAAUAUUCCAAAUGAAUGUAAAUAGGAAAUAGAAGAGUGAUGCUUAUGUUAAGUCCUAACACUGCAGUAGAAGAAUGGAAGCAGUGCAAAUAAAUUACAUUUUUCCCAAGUGCCAGUGGCAUAUUUUAAAAUAACGUGUGUAUGCUGGAAUGAGCCAUGCUGUAUGUCGUUGCUGUAGAUAGCAAGUAGAACCUUUGAGUUACCAGAGUCUCUUUUCUAACCCUGUCUAGUGCAAGUUACAAUAUUAUAGCAUGUUUGAGGAGUACUCACCUGUCUGCAGGUGUGACUCUGUGCCUGGGGGCUUUUCUCUACAUGCUGAGGGGUGUGGGUCUUCCAAAGUGCGGCAUGGUGGACCUGACUACAGGUGAACUCUGUUGCCUUUGGCUCAGCACGUUUGUUAGUGUCCUGGGGGUGAAAACUUGGCUGAUAAAGAGAACUGGAAAAUCAUGAUAGAGAUGUGGUCCCCAAUCCCUUGACUGACUCUGGGGAGGGGCUUUGGGAAUAGGAUUGCUCUCACAUUAGAGAUAGUUACUUUAAUUUGAA